AAUAUUAACCGAAAUUAUCACAACAUAAACAAGUUCAAACUGUGAAACGAGUGGAACUUUUAGAAAUCUUCUUGAAAUCUAACUUUCAAUUCCUAAUCAUUUCAGUAUUCAAUUCUAACUUUCAAUUCCUAAUCAUUUCAGUAUUCCCAUCACUAGAAGAUGCCUACGCAACCGCAAUCAAUUAAAAAAGAAUCCAUCAACCUCGAUGUUCAUGGAUGUAGAUUAUGUUUGAGCGAAGAAUCACUAGAUCAUGUAUUCAAGGAGGAUCAUCUUCGAGAGUGGAUAAUGGAUUUGCUCUCAAUUCAGAUAUCUAACGAUGAUCGCAUGAGUCAAGUUAUCUGCGCCAUCUGUCGAAUACGGUUGUCCGAAUUCCAUCAGUUCCGGGUACGCUGCCAGGAAGUGCAAGAAGUACUGAAAGCCAUGAUUAAAGAUAAACCCGUUACGGUAGAAGGUGAGAAAAAUGCUCAUGUUAAACCAGAACCGAGCGUGAGCUUCGUUUCUUUGAUCGAACGAGAACAGAAGUCAGGAUUGAUAUCGUCAAUUGAAAGUGUUGAUUCAGAUAACAGGAAUUCAGAAACAGAAGAAGAUCCGCUAGGUUUUGAAUCGUUUGCGAAACUAGACGAACCAAGUCAUACGAGUCUUCAGGAUGAAGAAAUGGAAGUUGAUCCAAUUGGUGCAGAAGAUAGUAUAGAUGUGGAAGAAGCCAAGGUUGAAACAUGGUUAGACGACGAUUCCGAACUGUCCAACGAGCAUACGGAGGAAUAUGGCGUUCAUACACAGAAGUCGAAGCAAGUUUCCGAUCCAGAGAAGGAUGAUACUGGUACAAUAAAUAAAGUUAAAGAAAUUCCGCCAUCAAGAGGUAUAGCUCACCAUAGCAAAGAUGUGGACCAAUCUACAGACUUUAAGUGCCUCAUUUGCGAAAUGGAGUUUUCCAAACGGGAAGAACAGAUGAAACAUUUUCGAACAAAGCUGCAUCUAAACAACAUGAAACAGAAACGUAGAAGCGAUGACGGACCAAAAUCAAGUGAUAAAAACGAUGCAGAUGACGAAGGAUACGUGUGUUUGAUUUGCAAACGCUCUUUCAGAAGAAAAUGCCAACUGGAAAAUCACAUGCCAGUUCACGAGGAAAAGGAAGACGAUCAACGAUCUUAUAACUCGGAAGAAGUAGAAUCCAGCCUAUCGGACAGCAGUGCAGGUUUUUCUGACUCAGAUCAAGAAGAUGAUAGUGAACAAGAAUAUCAUUGUGAUCAAUGCGACAAUGUGUUUUCGGAAAGGUCAAAAUUGAUCAGCCACACCCGGAGAUAUCAUAAAACGAAACGCCACAAUGAGUCCUCGGUUGAUACAAACAAGGCAGAUGGAAGCAAACCUAAGAAGACGGAUUCCCAACCUUCAUUGGCAGUUACUGAUCGGUCAACCAACGGCGAAGAAAAUGUCGAUGAAAAUCAACAACUUGAGUGCGAUGUGUGUCAUAAAACGUAUUUAACUAGAAAAGUAUUGCUACGUCACAAAAGGCUAGUGCAUGGACCCAAAAAACAUCAGUGUAAGAUGUGUAAUGUACAGUACACAACACGGGCACAAAUGAGGCAACAUCUGUACACCAAAAAGCAUUUGAACAAUUUGAAGGAAAAACGAGCACAUGAAAACGUUUCGCCUAAAAAUGGAACUGUUGAAAGUAACGAAACUGAUUCAAGCCAACAAAAAAAUAAAGUCGGUUCCAGUCAAACGGACAAUACCAGCGCUGAAACAAAUGCCCAGAGAAAAGAUGAUUCCAGCUUGAUGAAAGAUGACAUCAAUUUCGACGUUUAUAAGUCACGUAGGCUGCACAGAGGAAGCUCCGUUGAACAAGGGAAAUGUGACGUGUGUCACAAAGUGUUUCCUACCAAAUAUAGCCUAUCCAAUCACAAGAAGUAUCAUCAACCAAAAAAAUUUGUUUGUAAUAUUUGUCAAAAACCCUGUCAUAACGCAGCGGUUCUGAAAAGACACAUUGUAACGCACGAACCGAUCGCUCAACGUCAACAAGCAAAUCCACCGAUAGAUCCCGACAGCAUCCCUCGACCAUACAAGUGCGAUAUAUGCAAGACAGCGUAUAAAACGAAUAGCACACUUUGGCAACACAAUAAGCAGAAGCAUGGCCCGAAAAUCCAUGAAUGUGAUAUGUGCGGUAUAAAGUUUGGAACGAGUGAUAUGUUAAAGCGGCAUGUGAGGAGACACAUCGCACGUGGUCACACCAAGGAAGAUUUUCUAUCAUUGAAGAAGCUGAUGCGCUCACAACACACAUCUACGAAUCAGAACGAAGGCGACGAAAAAUCGGACGAAGAAGUUAGUGAGGAUGAAAACGCUUACAAUCACCGCAGUAGUGAUUACGUCCAGAAGAGUUCUAAGGCGUCUUCAGAACUACCUUUUCAGUGCGAUGUAUGCCAUGAAUCAUUCCCCACCAGAGUUCUUCUUUAUCGUCACAAAAGAAAUCUUCACAAGCUCAAGAGAUUCAAGUGCAGUGUUUGUGACAAGCACUUUGCCUAUCGCAAACAGAGGAGAAUGCAUAUGCGAGUUCACGACUCCGGUUCAAAGUCUUCCAAUGAUUUUGAGUGCGUAGAAUGCCAUAAAAUAUACGCAUCGUGGAAGUCAUUGUUUGCGCACAUAAGCAACGGACACAUUAAAAGGAAAAAACUCAGUGAGGAGCGAACAAUCGCUUGCCCAAAAUGCGACAAAAUGUUCCAAACCGUGUAUCAGAGGGAUCUGCACAUGAGAACUGUUCAUCUACCGGAGAAACAUAGAUGUACUGUUUGCGACAAACUAUUUACCGUACGGGUUCAACUUUGGCAGCAUAUGAAAACUCAACAUGGUGGAAGUUCAUCCAGCAAUUCCGAAUCAGAUGAUUCCGAAGGAAGUUUGGAACUAUCGGUUCAGAAAUAUAUCAACAAAGACAAACCCGAUAGCGAAAUAUGUCAGGCAGCAAGUAGGAAACAGCCUCGAAGAAACGCAAAACAGAAGAGUGUUUGAAGCAAUUUUGAACUAUCACAAUAGCUCAACAGUCAGGUUAUAUUUUAUCAAUCCUAUUUCAACAAACCGCUCUAUGAAGGGCCAAAAGCGGGGUGGCUUACACAAAACCCACGGAAAACAGAAAAUCUCCAUCCAACAGUAUGGGUAUGAUCCUACAGACUGAAUAUUGAAAUUUUAAGUACCCUUAGGUACGUAGUUUGUUUACGGACUUAUCCAUAGGUGAAUUGAGUUCAUUCGGCCCUAGAAUUAUUGCACUUGACCGUGUCCCCAAUGUCAAUAAUAAGUCAAUCGAACGUGUUCUGUGUUCUAUCAUCCUAACUCGAUAAAACUAAUUUAUUCUACUCAGGAUUGCGGGUCUCAUAAAUCUAUCGAAAUUGCUAUUAUAACGGAUAGGUCUAUGUAUAAAGAUGUUAUUAAUAAAAAAAUGAAACAUAA